CGCCAUGACCGCGCGGCCCGCGCCUCCCGCCGCCACGCCGCUGCUGGCGCUGCUGGCGCUGCUGGCGUUCGCGUGCCCGCCGUCGGGGGCCGCCCCGUCGCCCGCCGCGCAGCGCCGACCCGCAGACCCCGACACCCGCGCGCGGGACGCGCGGAGGCGCUACCAGGACCUGGUGGCCCGACUGCGGACCAGCCCGAGCGCUGAGGACGCGAACCCCGCUCGCGCCGUCCGGAUCCUCGCCCCAGAACUGCGGCUCGGAUCCCACGGUCACUUGCUGCUGCGCAUCUCCCGGGCGUCCCUGACUGGGGGUCUCCCUGCAACCUACCGCGUGCACCGGGCCCUGCUCCGGUUGUCCCCGACGGAGCCCAAGGCGUGGGACGUAACGAGACCGCUACAGCGUGAGCUCCGCCUCCGCGGGCCGCGAGCGGCCACGCUGCGCCUGCGGCUGUCCCGGCCGGCGGCCCCCACGGCGGCCCCCGCGCCCUCCAGCCGGCCGCGCCUGGAGCUGCACCUGCGGGCCGGCGCCGCCAGGGGGCGCCGCAGCGCGCACGCGCACCUGCGUGACGAUUGCCCACUGGGCCCCGGGCGCUGCUGCGGGCUGCACGCGGUGAGCGCUUCGCCGGAGGACCUGGGCUGGGCCAACUGGCUGCUGUCGCCGCCCGAGCUGCAGCUGCACGUGUGUGCGGGAGCCUGUCCCGCCCGGUACCGGCCCGCGGGCACUCAUGCGCAGGCCAAGGCACGUCUGCACCGCCUGCGGCCCGACACAGUGCCCGCGCCCUGCUGUGUCCCCUCGGACUAUGAGCCCGUGGUCCUCGCUCUUCGUGGAGAGGACGGCGGCGUGGCGUUCAUGACCCUGGAGGACCUGGUCCCCAGGAGCUGCCACUGCGCAUGAGCGGCCUGCGCCUCUCGUGCGUGGGCCUAUUCGCGCACCUGAUCUACCUGUGUCCACCUGCACAUGCACCUGUGCGCACCUGCGUGUGCACCAGCGGGCCCAUCCGUGCCCCUACCUGCACGUGCACCUCUACCUGUGUGCAUUUCUCCCGUGCACACACACCUGCGUGUUCACCAGUAUGCAUUCCUGGGAGCACACCUGUUCACAACCACACCUACACGCACACACCUAUGUGUGCCCAAAGCUGCAUGCACAGAGUGGCUGGGAGGGGACCACCUGGCCCCAGUGGUCUUGGCUGAAGAUGACUCCCCCCUCUUCCCCUCCCCAUGCCUGCUCCUCCCCCUAUUCCCAGUUCCUCCUCAGUAUGUAUAUUUAUGUCUGUAUUUAUUAUUAAUUUAUGAGUUUCUAUCCAGAAUGUUUAUUUAUUUCAUAUUCUUGUAGUAAAGUUGAAGCUAAACAGAUUCCUACAGCGUCUAUGGGAAGUCUCUGUGUGCCUGACCUCACUUUCCCCACAGGGGUCAAAAAUGGGUGUAGGGUUUUGGGGUGCCAGGCAGUCUGAGGAUGCUCAUGGUGUGCAGCUUCAGCAAAGGCCCCCAGACCCCUGUAUCUGCCAUCCUUCCCCCAUUAGUUUGUUUCUGGGACACAGCCUCCCUCGUCUCCUAUCACCUGUUUGUGGCACCUGGUGAAGCCUCUGGUCCUUUGUAUGACCAGGGCAGGGUGGAAUGAGUAGUUGUGAACAACAUUGUCCUCCACAUUCCCACUCAGUAGAACUGCUGAGAGGAGCCGGCUACGUGGGAUCCUGGGAGAGGAACUGAGGCAGCAGAGGGGCCAUCCU